GGUAUAUCUUAUCAAAAAAUUCAAAGGCAAAAUAUCUCACGAAUUUAGGGAACCCACGCGCCCCUCCACCUUCUCUUUCCUCCAAUGGCUUCUCGAAUUUGACCUAGCUCAUACAUGCAAAAACUUCUAUCUUUUUCAGAGACCAUCUCAAAUCAAUCACAAAUAGUUUUGUGUUCUUCUUCGUCAUCAUCCGUCAAUCUUAUCUGAACCCCUCUGCGGAAAUCGGUUGUUUUUAUUUCUGUUUAGGUUAAUUUAUCGAGGGCCAAGUGAUUAUGCUUAGGGUUUCAGCAUAGAUGAUGGUAGAUUCAGUAAUUAGUAGGUUUUUGUUAUUAUUAUGUAUCAAUUGUAUGGAUAGAGAAUGCCGGAGGUGCGCAAUGGAGUACGCCGUGCACGUGCUCCUGUAGUCGAGAAGAAGAAGAGAGAAGGUAGGCCCAAUAAGCGAUCGGAGCAUUUGGUGGGUAAUCACGUUAAGACUCGAGCGGCUGCAGCUAGGGAAGCGGCGGCGGUUGGUGUUGAGCCGAAGCAACAAAAGAAACCGCGGCUGCCGACUAAGAAGAAAAAAGAGGGUUUAGCAAAAAAGCCGGUGGUUGUCAUUUCUGAAGCAGAGGAGGAUAAAAAACGAACAGAGGAAACACGUGAAGAGACAUUCAAAGUAGCAAUGGCGGAUGGAAGCGGUGGCUUGAGCGCUAACAAGGUUACAGGCCAGGAAGAAGAAGGGAAUACCGCCCCUUUUCCUGAAAGGGUUCAAGUAGGUGGAUCACCUCAAUAUAAAGUCGAAAGAAAAUUAGGGAAAGGUGGAUUUGGUCAGGUAUUUGUUGGUCGUCGUGUAUCUGGUGGAACUGAUCGCAUAUCAGGUCCUGGUGCUACAGAGGUUGCUCUUAAGUUUGAGCAUAGAAACAGCAAAGGCUGCAGUUAUGGUCCUCCAUACGAGUGGCAAGUUUACAAUACUCUGGGUGGGAGUCAUGGAGUGCCUAAAGUUCAUUAUAAAGGAAAACAAGGAGAUUACUAUGUUAUGGUCAUGGACAUGUUGGGGCCUAGUUUGUGGGAUGUUUGGAAUUCUUCUGGACAAACGAUGUCAUCAGAAAUGGUGGCUUGUAUAGCUGUGGAAUCUUUAUCAAUUUUGGAAAAGAUGCAUUCAAGAGGUUAUGUUCAUGGAGAUGUAAAGCCAGAGAAUUUUUUACUCGGUCAACCAUCAACAGCUCAAGAAAAGAAACUAUUUCUUGUUGACUUAGGGCUAGCAACAAAGUGGAGAGAGAGUACAAAUGGUCAACACGUUGACUACGAUCAAAGGCCUGACAUGUUUAGGGGAACAGUUAGAUAUGCUAGUGUGCAUGCACAUUUAGGAAGAACAGCAAGUAGAAGAGAUGAUUUAGAAUCUCUUGCAUAUACACUUGUAUUUCUACAUCGUGGUAGACUUCCAUGGCAAGGGUAUCAGGGUGAUAAUAAAUCAUUUCUAGUUUGCAAGAAGAAAAUGGCGACAUCUCCAGAAAUGUUAUGUCCAAAUCCUGCAAUUAGGCCAAUAAACACAGAUGGUGCUCAAAAGAUUAUAAUCCAAGUUGGGCAAAAAAGAGGCAGAUUGAAUCUUGAUGAAGAAGAUGAUGGGCAGCCUAAAAAGAAGGUCCGAAUGGGUGUUCCUGCAACUCAAUGGAUUUCAGUUUAUAAUGCCAGACAACCAAUGAAACAAAGGUAUCAUUACAAUGUUGCUGAUGCAAGAUUAGCACAACAUGUUGAGAGAGGAAAUGCAGAUGGAUUACUUAUAAGCUCUGUGGCUUCUUGUUCCAACUUGUGGGCCCUUAUAAUGGAUGCUGGAACAGGGUUUUCAAGUCAAGUUUAUGAGUUGUCUCCUUUUUUCUUACACAAGGAAUGGAUUAUGGAACAAUGGGAGAAGAACUAUUAUAUUAGCUCAAUUGCAGGUGCUAAUAACGGAAGCUCUCUUGUGGUCAUGUCAAAAGGGACACAAUACUCUCAACAAUCCUACAAAGUGAGUGAUUCCUUCCCUUUCAAAUGGAUAAACAAGAAAUGGAGAGAAGGCUUCCAUGUCACCUCCAUGGCCACCGCUGGGACCCGCUGGGGUGUUGUCAUGUCCCGCAAUGCCGGAUUUAGUGAUCAGGUGGUGGAGUUGGAUUUUCUUUAUCCAAGUGAAGGCAUCCACAGGCGGUGGGACAACGGCUACCGUAUCACUUCAACCGCCGCCACGUGGGACCAGGCGGCGUUGAUCUUGAGCGUCCCCCGCCGUAAGCCCGGGGAUGAAACACAGGAAACUUUAAGGACUUCUCAAUUUCCAAGCACACAUGUCAAGGAGAAGUGGGCGAAGAAUUUGUAUCUUGCUUGUGUAUGUUAUGGAAGAACCGUGUCUUGAUAUAAUACUAUGUUAUAUGAUGAAGUGGAGGAAAAGCCAUUUAUUUGUCUUUUGUUAUAUAUAUAUAUAUUUUUUAUAUUGUUAAAAAGAAUGUGUUGUUUGUUGACUUGUUUUAAUGUUAGGAGUUUGGAUUUUGGGAAAGUAGACUAGAGUGACUGAUGAUGAUGUGUGUCGUCAUCUCAUGUGUUGUAAAACGAUUGUUAUAUUUAAUUUUGAAGCUGUAUAGUUGGCUGAUUCCUCCCUUAACUAAACCUUUUCUUACUUAUUUAUUCUACAAAUACUUC